CUUCCUCGAGAACUACAAAACUGGGCUUAUCAGGAUCAGGUUAAUAGGUCUCUACCUAUGUUACUGUUUGUUGCUGUAAGUGUCUGCUAGUGUCUCCCCAUAGAAACUUGUAAACUCUCCCAAUAUUUCUUCUCUCUUUCGAUUUUGUGAGAAUGAGUGAGCAAAGUAGCAGGGUUAACGUGCACUCCAAGUUAACGGCAGUGUCUAGCAAGCCAGUGGAGCCAGGGAAGACUCACCUGUUAACUCCAUUGGACCAAGCCAUGGGGCAGCACAGUUUGCACCUGGUCUUUUACUAUGAGAAAAAUCCAUUCGGAUCAUUUGACUUGGAUCCGAUAAGGGUGUCACUCUCUGAGACCCUUUCGUUGUACCCUACUGUUACGGGUCGGUUGACCCGAGGGGAGUCUGGUAAUUGGGAAGUGAAGUGUAAUGAUUCUGGAGUUAGAGUUCUGAGGGCUAAAGUGAGCGUUGGUAUUGAUGAAUGGUUGAGAUAUGGUAAUGGGAUGGAGGAGAGAGAUUUGGCUGCUUGGGAGGACAUGCCUGAAAAUCCAAAUACGUGGUCACCUUUUCGUAUUCAGGUCACUGAACUUGAAGGAGGGGGUGUAGCCAUUGGAUUAAACUGCUCCCACAUGAAUGCUGACCUAACCUCUUUAGUCCUAUUCUUUAAGACUUGGACUGAGGCUCACCGUCAGCAAGCCAUUGUAUAUCCACCAGUCUUCUCAUCUGCACUCCAUGGCCGAGCAGUUCCGGUUAGUGAUAGUAAAUCAGCUGAGCACUAUGUAGCCAAGUCAUUUGUAGAAGCUCCCUCGGUGAAAAUGGCCUCAACCGCCUUUAAGUUCUCUAAUUCAGUAAUCAAAAAAUGCCUAUCAGAAAUUCAUGUUACGUGCCCUGAUGCUACCCCAUUUGAUCUUCUAGCUGCACUCUUUUGGAUACCUGUUGCGCGUUUAAAUGGCUCUAAACAUGACCAUACACACUCCAUCUCAAUCUGCAUAGACUUCAGGAGGCUGUUGAAAGAACCACUUUCUUAUGGCUAUUUUGGCAAUGCACUGCAUUUUUCAGUGCUGUCAUUGGGGGAAAAAGAUCUGAUUCCUGGUGAGUUAGGACACGUGGCGGAGGCAGUGCAUGGCCACAUUGCAGGGAUGAAGGAAGAGGAGAUUUUGUCUGUGAUGGAUUGGCUUGAAUCACGGAAGGGAGAGGGCGGGAAGUAUGCACAGCCCUUUAGGAUGUAUGGCCCUGAACUAACCUGUGUUAGCAUGGAACAUAUGAUUAAUGGGGAUCAAUCCUUGAUGUAUGCUACUAUGUUUGAGGACAAUGUAAGACCCGCUCAUGUGGCAUGCCAUGUGGGGAAUGUGGAGGGUGAAGGGUUGAUUAUGGUGAUGCCUUCACCAGAAGGAGCGCUUGCACGGACGGUAAUGGUAACCUUGCCAGAGGAGGAAAUUGCAAAGCUAUGUGAAGAUGAAGCUAUCUUGCGCUUGGAGCCAACAAUGCUCCUGAGUGGUGGACUAUAGUUUGUCUUUUGAUGCUGAUUGAAGAAAAGGGUAGUUACAUAAUUGCUGCUUGUUUCCACUUUCCAAUUCCGAGGCUGAACCCUGAACGAGUGGAACAUGAAGCUUUGUGAAUAGUUCUUCACAUUUCAUGUUUGGCUGUAACACCUGAUAGGUAUAGCCAUAAAUUGGGUAUUUUAACAUAGAAUUUAGACUUUAUUUCUCAACCACUGUUUUAACUAUCAAAUAUGGGUUAUAAGUAAAGGUGUCAAGUGGCUAGAGUGGCCUCCUAGGCCACCAUUGAAAUGCUUGCACACCUCUUCUGCAGCGUAAACUUUUAUUUGUAGCUUACUAGAAAUUUUAAUUCUCAGCUAGACAAUACUCUUGUAAUGAUCACUAGCUUCUGUUCAUGGCUGCACUUUCUUCAAGCACAUAACAUUAUGGAUUUACCUCAUAUUGAUAUCA